CCCCCACCUGCCCGAUGCACGCCACGAGCAGCCAGCCAGCCACGCCACGUACAUGUGUUGCAUGUGUGUGGAUGUGGAUCAGUCCGUCAAUCAGCCGACAGUGACGCCCGAGACGAGCAUGGCGGUCUCAGUGAGCUCCUCCCUGGGUGUGUUGGACUCGACCGACAGUGCGUUGCCCGCCGUGGGGAACGGCAGCGACAGGGGCGCACUCCCCAUGUGGCGGACGGGCGGCUUGGGCAACACGAACCUGACACACAAAGGCACAGAAAACGGGCCAGCAUAUGAACAUGGUGUCGGCAGCUAGAUAAGAGUAUGUGGUGCAUCGGUCGGUGUAGUGCGCACCGCAGUGCUGUGACGGAUCCGUGGUCCACGACAACGCCGGCGCAACCGAAGCGGAGAAGCGUCUGCUUGACCGACUCCAGAAACACUUCCAAACGCUCCUCUGCACACCAACCACACAAUCAGAGAGGACACACACACACGACAGGAGAGAGAUGAGGGAUGAGAGGUCCAGAGCCCUUCCAUGGCGCUUGUUGGCCUUACUUACCGAGGUCACAGCAGUAGGGCGGCGUGAUGGGCUCAUCCUCCCCGUCGCUGUCCCUCGUACUAGCAGAUGGGCUCGGCACCGAGUGGCUGACCAGCGGGCUCUCGCCGCACCCCACGCGCAUGACGACCACCCUGCCGGCACCACGAGUCGUGUCGACGAGAAUCUCGGCGCCCGUCGCCUCCCACUUGACAUCGGAGCUGUCGAGCUGCUCGAAGUAGUGGAUGUGGGCGUCGCUGCUCGUCGGGCGGCUCGGGUCGGGCCGGACGGCACUGCACGAGGUCAGCGUGCGGGCGAUGGUGAGACAGGCUGCCCGGGAGGUGAAGGGGUCGUUAAUCGCCACGAUGCGCGCACCGGCGUCGGCCGCAGCGCGACAGACGAGCCGCCCUACUCUGCCGAAGCCGUUGAUGGCCACCUUCAGCUCCAUCGGACUCGGUCCUCUCACACAGGGAGAAGGCAGCAGCAAACCCGCUCUCGGGGUGCGCAGGCGGCAACCAAACAGAGAAGGUUGCUUGCGGAGCCUGCCCCGCGCCUUGUGUAGACACGGACGGACUCCUGUCGCUGCCACGCGCCUCCCAGAAACGAAAACAAA